AUGGGGCGAGUGUUUUACUUCAGUGAGGGGCACAUCUCAAACACAGGCUGCUCUCAGGUGCCAGGACAUUCGUGUCAGCACAUUCCUACUGGGCUGGACAGGGUGGUGUUUGUGAUCCAGAGCCAGAGGAACACCUUCCACGCCCGUCGGGCGGAGCAGGCGAGGGCGGAGCUCCAGCGGCAGGCGGCCCACCUGACCCAGACACCUGCUAUUGUUCUGCUACUUCACCAGCUGUCAGACUAUGAUGGAGACUGGAGUAUUCUGCCAGCCCUGCCAGGACUGUCAGCGUCUUACAGCCAAUCCGCUUCCUGGUUUCUUUUCCUGGAGGAGGCGACCGAAGUCCGACUCUCCACUCUGCUGCACGUGCUCAGUAGAUACCCUGUUCAGGAGGAGUGGUUCUUGGGCAAGCGUCUCCAUGACGACGAGGCGUCCAUCAUCCACCACUACGCGUUCUCCGAGGACCCCGCCUCGUUUGGUUACCCCGAUCCUGCCGCAGGCUGGGCCAUCAGCACACCCCUGAUCCGCAGACUUGCUGAAAGGAUUGAAGACGAGCCCCUUAAAUCGGAUUUCACCAUUGACCUGAAACACGAGCUCGCUCUCUUCAUCUGGGAUGAGGGCCAGGGCACCAGCUUGACUGCUGUUCCAGAGCUGUGCACAGACCACACAAGCGGCUGUGCCACCGCCUUCACCUCCUACCUGCCCGUCUGUGGACAGCCAAUCGGCCAGGGAGACCUCUUUGUAGCCGUGAAAACUUGCCAGAAGUUCCACUCAGUCAGAGUACCUAUUGUCAAGGCAACCUGGGCAAAAGACGCAGCACUUCUGGAGUUCUACAGUGAUGUCACUGACCCCUCCAUACCCACAAUCCACCUGGGCGUGCCCAACACAGAGAGAGGGCAUUGUGGGAAAACGUUCGCUAUCCUGAAGCGCUUCCUCAGCGGUGCUGUGCCGAAAGCGGAUUGGCUGCUGAUCGUAGACGACGACACACUAAUCAGUCUACCCCGGCUCCGCAGGCUCCUGCGUUGCUAUGACGCUGGAGAGGCUGUGAGCCUGGGUGAGAGGUACGGCUACAGCCUGGGUCACCACGGCUACAGCCUGGGUCACCACGGCUACAGCUACCCCACUGGGGGUGGGGGGAUGGUGCUGAGCAGAGUGGCCGUGUCCAGGCUGCUUUCAGGGGGCUGUGGUUGCCACGGUGAUGAGGCCCCUGACGACAUGGUGCUGGGCAUGUGUCUCAGCUCCCUGGGCAUCACCACCACACACAGCCCUCUGUUCCACCAGGCACGACCGGACGACUACGCCAGAGAGCUCCUGUCCCACCAGCAGUCCAUCUCCUUCCACAAGCACUGGAACAGCGACCCUCUGGGUGUGUACGCACGCUGGCUCCAGGACCCUCCACCCCGGGAUGAGCUGUGAGGGGCUGCCUGGAGGGAUGUCAACCCAGGGGUGCUGUGUGAGUGUGUGUGUGUGCGUCUGUGUGUGUGUGUGUUUGUCUGUGCGUCUGUGUGCGUCUGUGCGUGUGUGUGUGAGUGCAUGAGUGCAGUUUAUAAAAGGGGGAUGGAACAAAAGGAUGUCAAGAUGUAAU